AUGACAUCAGCCAAGGAUCUGGCACCCAGGAGAGCCAUAUUUCAUACAAUGUAUCAUCCUAUUAAUAGAGAAAUGCUAGACCACGGUCCGCAUAGUUACACUGGUGAAGAUGUGGCAGAAUUUCAUGUUCAUGGAGGAUCAGCAGUUAUAAAAGGUGUUUUUGACGCACUCGGGUCUCUUGAAGGAUUCAGAUAUGCAGACAGAGGAGAAUUUACCAGAAGAGCGUUCGACAAUGAUAAGCUAGAUCUCACCGAGAUAGAAGGGUUGGCUGAUCUAAUUAAUGCAGAAACUGAGGCACAAAGACGGUUAGCCUUACAACAAGCACAGGGAGGAUUAAAAAAACUAUAUUCUGGAUGGCGUAAAGAACUUGUUCAGAACAUGGCGCUUGUCGAGGCAAUUAUUGAUUUUGGUGAAGAUGAACACCUUGAAGAAGGAAUCAUGGAUCAAGGUAACUGCACGACUACCAUUAUACUUGUCUGGACAUUCCAAUUCAAACCAGCCCGAAGGGAACUCACGUUCAUCAAAGUCACAAGGGAUACCUACAAGAUUGCAGAAUCAAUCAGAAACCAUAUGCAUGACUACAGACGAGGAGAAAUAUUACGCAAUGGAAUACAUGUGGCGAUUAUGGGGCCCCCCAAUGCCGGCAAGAGCAGCUUUUUGAAUUGCUUAACUUGCCGAGAGGCAGCUAUAGUAUCUCCGGUUCCUGGGACGACACGUGACGUCGUGGAAGUCUCGAUGAAUAUUGGUGGCUACCCGUUAAUACUUGGAGAUACGGCAGGGCUAAGAGAAACAACCGAUUCAAUCGAGAGUAUAGGAAUAGAAAGAGCCAAGAAGAG